GAAGCGGGAGCAGGCUGCGGGGGGCGGGGGGGGGCUCCCCGUUGUCCUGGUUACGCCGAGGCAAGUGUGCAGUCCCGGAAGCGACUCCGGGGAGCUGCCUCGCUCGCGCAGCCGGAGGAAGCGCAGCCGGGUCCGCUCGGGUCGGGUCCGGCUGGGCCAUGGAGCCGUUACCUGAGCCCGCGUCCCGGCUCCGGCCCGGUCCCAGGCCCCGCUGUCUUCUGCUUCUCCCCUUGCUAUUGCUGCUGCUGGUACUCCUGGCGGCCCCGGAGCUGGGCCCGAGGCAGGCCCGAGCAGAGGAGACCGACUGGGUUCGACUGCCCAGCAAAUGCGAAGUGUGUAAAUACGUCGCGGUGGAGCUGAAGUCAGCCUUUGAGGAAACUGGCAAGACCAAGGAAGUGAUUGACAUGGGCUAUGGCAUCCUGGACCGGAAGACCUCAGGAGUCAAAUACACCAAGUCGGACUUACGGUUAAUCGAAGUCACUGAGACCAUUUGCAAGCGGCUCCUGGACUACAGCCUACACAAGGAGAGGACCGGCAGCAACCGAUUUGCCAAGGGCAUGUCGGAGACCUUUGAGACGCUACACAACCUGGUGCACAAAGGGGUCAAGGUGGUGAUGGACAUCCCCUACGAGCUGUGGAACGAGACCUCUGCAGAGGUGGCUGACCUCAAGAAGCAGUGCGACGUGCUGGUGGAGGAGUUUGAGGAGGUGAUCGAGGACUGGUACAGGAACCACCAGGAAGAGGACCUGACUCAGUUCCUCUGCGCCAAUCACGUGCUGAAGGGCAAGGAUACCAGCUGCCUGGCAGAGCGGUGGUCUGGCAAGAAGGGGGACACAGCUGCUCUGGGGGGGAAGAAAUCCAAGAAGAAGAGCGGCCGGGCCAAGGCCUCAGGUGGCGUCGGCAGUGGCAGCAAACAGAGGAAGGAGCUGGGUGGCCUCGAGGGAGACCCCAGCCCCGAGGAGGACGAGGGCAUCCAGAAGGCUUCCCCCCUCACCCGCGGCCCCCCCGAGGAGCUCUGAGCCUAACUCAGCGCUCCUGCUGACCCAGAGCCCUGACCUGGGAGCUGAAGGUUCUGGGCCCCGGCUCUGGCAGACAGAGCGGCACCGGGCUUCAGCUGUGCCUGCCUGGGCUGUGCCUCUUCCUGCCGCAGACGGACUCCAGCCCUGGAAGAACUUAGAUCAGCUGCAAGCAGCCCAGGCCGGCCUGUUCCUCUCCUGACCCAGACUUCAGGCGGGCUCUGUGCUCUCAGGACUGCCCAGGACUCCAGUGUGAACUCGGGCAGGCAGGUGUCGAGCUGGGCCACGGGACUGGGGCUCCAGAGCCCCGCACCCCCUCGCUCCUCCGGCACUGACACCGGGAAGCAAGACUGAGGCCCCAGCUCCUCCUCUCUGCACCCACCCCUCCUGUGGACACCUUGCACUCUGCCCGGCCCUCCCCAGGGCUCACAGAGUAAAAACCUUUCGGCCUUUUUCAUUUG